AUGGGCCCUCGGCGCUGCUCUGGCUUUGCGACCGACGACGGGAUCGUCAUCGAGUGCUGCUUCAAUCCGUGGGAGAAGGGCAAGCGCGCGCAGGGCAAGUUCGAGGGGAAGUGUCAGCGGUGCUCUCCGAUUCGCACGGCAACCAUCUGCGCGACGCCGCAGCAAUCCAAGCUGACCGCGCACAGCCUGGCGAACCUGCACAAGCUUGACAUCGGCAUUUACGCCAUGGCCGUGGAGCGGGUGAAGGUGCACGAGAGCGGUGAUCAGCUCAUUGCCCGCGCUGUCGGCAUAAUCUCGGAGCGCUCGCAGGUGGGCGUGCCGCCGCCGCCGCCAAUCGAGGGUGACCAGGGCAACGCGGUCUCGCAGCCCGCCGAGGAGGAGAUCCCUGCUGCCAUGGAGCCCGACGAGGAAGCAGCCGCAGCUGGGCCAGCAGCGGCAGCCGAGCCGCCGCCAGUACCUGCGGAAGGCGAGGGCGCGGCCGCUGGGCGCAGACGCCAGCGCCUCUGCGAGGGAUACAGCCUGGCGCGCGCCAUGGGCCGCAGGCUCCGCAGCAAGGAGGACGAGGGCGUCUGCUUGUUCUCCAGGGCGCACCCUGGGCAGCGUGCCAUGGCGCUCGACGGGAAGUGCCUCUGGUGCACGCCCACCCGCAUGAAGGAGGCGGCGCGCAAUCCCGCCAAGAAGAGGGAGGCCAUGACCGACCUGAAGAAGUUCGAAGCUCGCAACCCUGCGCUGAAGCAGAAGGCGCUGGGGCGGCUGCGCAGGCACCUGACUGCGCAGGAGUACAAGUUUAUUGUUACGCCGAAACAUUGCUGCCGCGGCGCUGGGGAAGCCAUGUGCCCCUUCAGCACGGCAGACCCAGGGCAGCCCGCGUACGUGAAGAAGGCCGACAAGCACUUGUGCAGCUGGUGCGAUCCGAAGAGGCUCCGUGGCACGCAGACAGAGAAGCGCAGGGGCGUGCUGAAGCAGCUAGAGGCAUUCCACGAGAAGGACGAAGCCGUAUUUGCCAAGGCAGAGGCUAUCCUGAAGGAGGUCUUCGGGGACAAAUACCUAGCACAGCUAAAGAAGAAGACUGUCCGGCAGAACCAGCAGGCGGCAAAAGCUCGAAGGCGCACUGGCAAGACGGACUGGCCGACGAAGCUGGCGAAGCGGCGGCUGGUGAUGGAGAGCCCGACGGUCGACGAGGAAGCUCGCAGGAAGUUCCGCAAGCUAACCCUGGCGGACUUGAAGAAGGUCGAGAACUCGUUCUACAAGGACAAAGCCGAGCGAAAGAUGCGCGGUCGCGCCGACGAGGUCCCGAAGAGCAAAGACUUGGAGCCGCCGAUCGGCGAAGCAGGCUUCAGUGACCUGUCGAAGGGGCUGCGGUCCUGGGCCGCCAAAGGCUCGUGGGGCAUCUGCAAGGAGUGCCAUGUCCUGCAGCCGCGGCCCAUGCACGAUAUCGAUAUGUUUCUGGACGCCAGCGAGGAGAUCUCGAAGAGCGCCUGUCGCCGCUGCAACGCUUCUCGCGAGAUGUACGUCCCGCUGCCUGAGGACGUACCAGGGCCACUCCGCGGCCUGUCAGAGGAGAUCGUCGAAGCCCUCCGGCCCAUCGAGAUCGACGUCGGCCCCGAGACGCGCUCCACCGACACUUUCGGCCGCCCGAACGGCUAUCGCAAGAAGGUGAAGAUGAUCACGUUUUAUUUCUCGAAGUGGCACGUCAAGGACAAGAUCAAGGAGCUGGACGAUGACGCGUGGCGGACGGCGAAGAAGGCCUACAAGUACCUGCUGUCUUGCGAAGAGUCCUCGUACAAGCGGUUCCACGACAUGCACGAGAAGUUCCUCCGCAAGCAGGGCGAGGAUGCUGCAGACAGGAAGCGCAAGCGCCCAUAUCAUUUCCUGCAGGAGGUCGGGCUGGAGUGCGCUCUCUGGCCAAACCUGUACUGGUGCACCGAGAUGACGGAGACGCACGAGCAGUGGUCCGACGCGAGGCGCGAGGAGCGGCGCGACGCCCAGGAGGCCAAGAAGAAGAAGAAGGCAAAGUACGGCUAUGAUUCGGACGCCGAGGAGGACGAGGGCGGCGACGGCGGCGGCCAGCGCACCAGCGUAAAGCGGUCUUUCAUGACCAAAUGCCUAUCGCCACUCCUUGGGUACGGAUCUAGCUUCGAGCUGCUCCAGUUCGUGUGCGACCUGAACCUCUGGGCGACGCUCGGUGCGAAAAAGAACCUGGGGCUCGACAACGUGCCGAUGCGGAUGCUCAUGAAGGGCCAUACUUUCUCACCGCUCUACUGGAAGAAGGUGCACAACGCCCUCGUCGACCUCGUGCGGCAGGUGGGCUUCGCAAAGCUGUUCUUCACCAUUGCACCAUGGGAACCGUGCUUCAAGUACCACGACUGGCUGCGCGAUGAGAUGGAGAAGACACUGCGGACCCGCAUGUACCUCCCCGUGGGGGAGACACUGCACAUGUCGCAUGUGCUCAUGCAGAUCGUCCGAGGCAUGCUGGCGGGCAAUAACUACCAGAUGAUGGACCGCAGCGACCGCAGCUGGACAAAGCACGUGUUCGCCGCGAAGGACGCCGACGGCAGACAGGUUCGCGUCCAGAGUUUCACGCGGCUGGAGUUCCAGGACGGCAGCCGCAAGGAGGGUACGAAGCGCUACGACGGCUCUGGCCGACCGCACCUGCACGUUCUCUUCUUCGCGGACGACGACGCCAUGGCGAACAUGAAAUUGGAGCAUCACCUCUUUGCGACCAAGCCCGACGGCUUCUCGGACGACCUGAAGGAGGACCACGACGCGGGCCUCCGAGCGUACUGCGCUGACGUCAUGGACGGGAUCCCUUGCCAUCAGGAUUGGCAGACCAGCGACGGGGAGGCCAUGCUCCUGCAAUACGUUUCCAAGUAUGUGGCGAAGUUCUCGGAUAGCAGCUACGACGAGUGGAUGAGCGACAAGGCCUCCGCGGACAGCGUGGCCAGGCGCGUCUGCUUCGAGUACCACCCCUACGAGCCAGAGAUGAUCCUGCAGCUGUGUGGAGCGCACUUCAGACAAUACGACAUCUCUACGGUCAGCGGCGGCUUCCGCACCGUGACGGCGCCUUACUCGGGCAUGGCGGAUGUGCCCGACUGGGUCCAGAAAUAUGCUGACUGCGCGUGGCGCCACGAGGGCAUGACGCUCUUGGAGUGGCUUCGAAAGACUACUGACGACGGCGGCAUCGCCGGAUGGCUGAAGCGCAAGCACAAGCAGGAGCUGGUGCUGGUCCUGUACAGGCGGUACCGCGCGACCGUGCCCGACGGCGAGGAGCCCCAGGCGCUCGACGCUCACUGGCGCUUCCUGCGCGCUGAGUACAAAGGCAUGGCCGAUGCUGAUGGCGGAGGUAGCGGGAACAGUGACAAAGUCUCCGACGCCGAAGACGAGGAGCAGCCGAAGACCUUCGAGGAGUUCCUCGCGAAGAAGCACAGCGACGAAAAGAGCGAGGGCGAGGACGACUUUCCGAACCACAAGGAGUUCGCGCGAGCCUACCGCAUGCAGGGCGAGAAGGUGGUCAGCGUCGACACGGUAUACGAGCUCAACGACCGCUACUACGGCCAGUGGGCUGCAAUGAACGUACCGUUCCGAUCGCUCGACGAGCUCGAGUUCGAGGAUAUGAACCGCCUGGUUCCGCAGAAAUACAAGUAUCUCGCGGCGGCGCUGCGACUGUGCUCCGACCAGGGCCGCGUCGCUGAAGAGCACCAUGACUUGUUCACCGAUGACAGGCGGCUCGUGGACUACAUGAGCGCUUCCGCGAAGUCCAGCAAGUUCACCGAGGCUGUGCAUCACAUGAUCGUGGGGCAGCGGAAGCUGAUCAACAUGUACCUGACGGGCAUCAUCGACAAGGCCGACGAGAAGGCCGCGGCCGACGCCGAGGCCGCGGUCAUCGCCAACCGCAGGCCAGCGCGCGGCGAGGGCCAGGAGGAGGUCGACUUCAACCCGAAGCAGCUGCAGCUGGAGGAGGCGAUCAACGAGCGCGUGGACCGUGCCGCGCGGGCGGAGCUGUCGGAGGACUGGGAGGAGGCGGGCGAGGCGCGCGAGGAAGCGCACAAGAAGAACACGCCCGUCAUCUGCCUUGGGAAGCCUGGGACGGGGAAGACCACCGUGGUAAAGUCUUCCAUUCGCCGCGCCCAGGAGCAAGGCGCGCGCGUGCUCUUCGCCCUCCCGACGGCGCAGCUGUCCAGCCGCAUGAGAGCCGCGCUGCAAGACCUCGAGGGCCUAACGGUGGACACGUGCCGCGCCGCAUUCAAGCUGCACCGGCCGCGCUGCUUCCACGUGAAGCUAACCGAGACCUGGCGGUGCAAGGAGGAACGAUUCCAGGAGAUCCUGGACGAGCUUCGGACAGACAAGCCCUCCAAGGAGACAUUCCGCAAGAUCGUGCGCGACCACAAGGCGUGGAAGAGCAGAGGCGACCCCAAGCCCGCCGAAAUGAAGAACCUCUUCGAGAAGCACCCAGACACGCGGAUCGUCACCUGCACGCGCAGGGGCGCUGCGGCCGUGAACGAGGCGGCAGUCGCUGCGCUGUACGGCCGCAAGACCCCGCUGGCCACGCUGGACGGCGACGUGGAACUCAACCCCGAGAACUACGUUGGCAAGCUUCGCACUGAUCGCCGUCUGGUCCCAAGCAGAGUACCGAUUUACAAGGGAAUGCAAUUGUACCUGACGAAGAACAAGAACAAGGAGGCCGACGAGGUGAAUGGAAAGCUCUGCGUGGUGGAGAACUACCACGCCGAGAAGACUGGCAAUGCGGUCUACUUUCCGAUUCGUCUCGGCUACGCCAGCACCAUCGACAAGGUGCAGGGCGACGAGUUCUCCCACAUCACUACCUGGACGGGUG